AUGCUAAGGGUAAAACUUUAUGGAAACCUUAUUUCGCAACCAACCCGAACGCUCAAUGAAUUUUGCUUACUUUGCAAUAUUCCAUACGAUUUCAUCAAGCUUGACAUAUUUAACUGGGAGCAUAAGGCCAAAUGGUAUGCAGAAAUCAACCCUUACCAAUUAAUUCCAUCAAUAUCUCAUGGAGAUUUCAAACUUGGAGAAACCUUUGCAAUAAUUCCUUAUCUUGCAGAGUAUUAUCAUGUAAAUAACCAAUGGUAUCCAUCAGACCUUCAGAAAAGAUCUUUAAUUAAUGCUUAUUUCCACUGGCAACACCUAAACAUAAGAAGAUUUGUUCGUCUUUUAGUCUUUGAAAAAUUUGUUGGUCCUAUGUAGGAACGUAUAUGCAUUAAAAUGGCGACACUUGUCGGCCUGUCCUCUUAAUACAAUAGUUCAGACCUUAAGGCCAAACGAACUUCAUGCCGAAAAUUUAGUGAAAAACAACAGAUGCAUAUGGGGAAGUUUUGCUGCUUUCAUGUGGCUAGAAAUGUUGGAGCCCAGCAAUUUCCUUCAGACUCUCGGGCAUUAUUCUACUGAGAGCUGGAUCUUUCAGCAUGCCCAUAAGAGAGCAGCUUUUAUCAAUAACUUGAAGGAAGAUUCAUCAAUACUAGAUAACUCCAAGCAGUUAAUCCUUUGAAUCAAACUACUGCUGAAGCCAUCUUAGAUCAUAAGGUUGAUGCUUUAAAGUAAAGAGGAGAAGAUUUUAUCGGCUACUGGUAGACCCUACUGGGUAGUUCGUCGUAAAGCGGAUGAACCUCCAGCACAGUAUUUCUUUGGCGACUCUCUUGAUAGUCUAGCCUAUGUGGAAAGGCCUACCACCAAUCACUUCUGAAAGAGAAACAGAAAUCCGUGCUGAUAUUGCCAAAACACUGCAAAGUAUAAAUGAUAUGCUUGAUAACGGAAAAUAUAUUGGAAGAACUCAGGAACUGAGCAUUGCUGAUAUAGCUUGCUAUAACGAAAUUGCACAGAUGAAAAUCGCUGCUUUUAAUUAUAGCGAUUGGCCAAAAGUUAAACUGUGGAUGGAAGAAAUUGAGAAGCUUGAGGCAGUCAAAACAACGAUGGUAGGGUUUAAAGAGGUUGUGGAUUCAUUAGGAUUUCCUUCAUCUAAUAUAAUUAUUAACUAA